GUUCCGUUAAAGAAAGAACUCUGAGCUGUCUCUCCAUGUUGAUACUGAAUUAGCAAAAAGAAGGAUAAAUAUGUGACUAUCUUCGCUGUUAGUGGAUGCUGUGUUUGAAGACUGGACCACAAUACUUAUGUGCAGUGCUCCUGAAGCUGAAGAUACAUAGCCAUGAUUUCCAGCAAGAUUUUAGUCUACCACAACCCUUCUGGGGGCACGCGUACAGAAACUUAUAAAAGUACUAGAAGGCGUAAAAAAUCUCUUGGAGAAUUGUUCCAAAAUGGAUAUCGUGUCAAAGCUGGACAUAAUGUCCCUGAAAAGGAAGAACAACAUACUUUUCGAAACUCCUUGGUGUCUUGUUAUAGGGUCGGCUCGUACUGGGGUUUAAGAUUUUUAAGAGCUCUUAGACUGAUACAGUUUUCAGAAAUUUUGCAGUUUCUGAAUAUCCUUAAAACAAGUAAUUCCAUCAAGCUAGUGAAUCUCUGCUCUAUAUUUAUCAGCACGUGGCUGACAGCAGCUGGGUUCAUACAUUUGGUGGAGAACUCAGGGGAUCCAUGGGAAAAUUUCCAAAAUAAUCAACCGCUAACAUAUUGGGAAUGUGUUUAUUUACUGAUGGUUACAAUGUCCACUGUUGGCUAUGGAGAUGUUUAUGCAAAAACAACCCUUGGUCGCCUUUUCAUGGUCUUCUUCAUCCUUGGGGGAUUGGCCAUGUUUGCCAGCUACGUCCCUGAAAUCAUAGAGUUAAUAGGAAACCGCAAGAAAUAUGGUGGUUCCUAUAGUGCGGUUAGUGGAAGAAAGCACAUAGUUGUCUGUGGUCACAUAACACUAGAAAGCGUGUCCAACUUCCUGAAGGACUUCCUGCACAAGGAUAGGGACGAUGUCAACGUAGAAAUCGUCUUUCUGCAUAAUAUCUCCCCUAACCUUGAGCUGGAAGCUCUUUUUAAACGACACUUCACUCAGGUGGAAUUUUAUCAGGGUUCAGUCCUUAAUCCCCAUGACCUGGCGAGAGUGAAGAUAGAGUCAGCAGACGCGUGCCUAAUCCUUGCCAAUAAAUACUGCGCUGACCCAGAUGCUGAAGAUGCCUCCAAUAUUAUGAGAGUUAUUUCAAUAAAGAAUUAUCAUCCGAAGAUAAGAAUUAUCACUCAGAUGUUGCAGUAUCACAAUAAGGCCCAUCUGCUAAAUAUCCCAAGUUGGAACUGGAAAGAAGGGGAUGAUGCAAUCUGUCUUGCUGAGCUCAAGCUGGGUUUCAUAGCCCAGAGCUGCCUGGCACCGGGCCUUUCAACAAUGUUAGCUAACCUCUUCUCUAUGAGGUCAUUCAUAAAGAUUGAGGAGGAUACGUGGCAGAAAUACUACCUGGAAGGAGUUGCAAAUGAAAUGUAUACAGAAUAUCUGUCUAGUGCCUUUGUGGGUUUGUCCUUCCCUGCAGUUUGUGAACUGGUGUUUGCGAAACUAAAGCUCUUGAUGAUAGCCAUAGAAUACAAGUCGGAAAAACGAGAAAGCAGAAGCCGAAAGCGUAUAUUAAUCAAUCCUGGAAACCAUGUCAAGAUUCAAGAAGGUACUUUAGGAUUUUUCAUUGCAAGUGAUGCCAAAGAAGUAAAAAGGGCAUUUUUUUACUGCAAGGCCUGUCAUGAUGACAUCACAGAUCCCAAAAGGAUAAAAAAAUGUGGCUGCAAACGGCUGAUCUAUUCCAAGAUGUCCAUCUACAAGAGAAUGAAACUGGCAUGUUGUUUUGAUUGCGGACGCUCUGAGCGUGACUGCUCUUGCAUGUCAGGCAGUGUACAUAGUAACAUGGACACCCUUGAGAGAGCCUUCCCACUUUCUUCUGUCUCUGUUAAUGAUUGCUCCACCAGUUUACGUGCCUUCGAAGAUGAGCAGCCGUCGACACUAUCACCCAAAAAAAAGCAGCGAAACGGAGGCAUGCGAAAUUCACCCAACUCCUCACCCAAGCUGAUGAGGCAUGACCCCUUGUUAAUUCCUGGCAACGAACAGAUUGACAAUAUGGAUGCCAAUGUGAAAAAAUAUGACUCUACAGGGAUGUUUCAUUGGUGUCCAGCCAAGGACAUUGAAAAGGUUAUUUUGACUCGAAGUGAAGCAGCGAUGACAGUUUUAAGUGGGCAUGUAGUCGUUUGCAUAUUUGGGGAUGUUAAAUCUGCUUUGAUUGGAUUAAGAAAUUUAGUGAUGCCAUUACGAGCCAGCAACUUUCACUACCAUGAACUCAAGCAUAUUGUGUUUGUGGGUUCACUUGAAUACCUGAGAAGGGAAUGGGAGACACUGCAUAACUUCCCCAAGGUUUCAAUCUUGCCUGGUACGCCAUUAAGUCGGGCUGAUUUAAGGGCUGUCAACAUCAACCUCUGCGACAUGUGCGUUAUCCUGUCAGCCAAUCAGAAUAAUAUUGAUGAUGCUUCGCUGCAGGACAAGGAAUGCAUCUUGGCGUCACUCAACAUCAAAUCUAUGCAGUUUGAUGACAGCAUUGGGGUCUUGCAGGCUAAUUCCCAAGGCUUUACACCCCCUGGGAUGGAUAGGUCAUCUCCGGACAAUAGUCCAGUCCAUGGCCUGUUGCGUCAACCCUCCAUUACAACAGGAGCCAACAUCCCUAUUAUAACAGAGCUAGUAAAUGAUUCAAAUGUUCAGUUCUUGGACCAAGAUGAUGAUGAUGAUCCAGACACAGAACUGUAUCUCACACAGCCCUUUGCAUGUGGAACCGCAUUUGCUGUCAGCGUGCUGGACUCUCUCAUGAGCGCAACAUACUUCAAUGACAAUAUCCUCACACUGAUACGGACAUUGGUAACAGGAGGAGCCACACCAGAGCUGGAAGCACUGAUUGCUGAGGAAAACGCGUUGAGAGGAGGUUACAGCACGCCCCAGACACUUGCAAACAGGGACAGGUGUCGAGUUGCUCAGUUGGCUUUGUAUGAUGGGCCGUUUGCAGACCUAGGGGAUGGAGGUUGUUACGGAGAUCUAUUUUGUAAAGCACUGAAAACAUACAAUAUGCUUUGUUUUGGAAUUUAUCGAUUAAGAGAUGCACACCUAAGUACCCCCAGUCAAUGCACUAAACGUUAUGUUAUCACAAACCCACCAUAUGAAUUUGAGCUUGUGCCGACAGACUUGAUCUUCUGUUUGAUGCAAUUUGACCACAAUGCUGGCCAGUCACGGGCCAGUCUUUCUCAUUCCUCCCAUUCCUCCUAUUCUUCCAGCAAGAAGAGCUCAUCAGUUCACUCCAUCCCAUCAACAGCAAACCGACCGAACCGCACCAAGACCAGGGACUCCCGGGAAAAACAGAAUGCAACAAGGAUGAAUAGAAUGGGCCAAGAAAAGAAAUGGUUUACAGAUGAGCCGGAUAAUGCCUAUCCCAGAAACAUUCAAAUCAAGCCCAUGAGCACUCACAUGGCCAAUCAGAUCAAUCAAUAUAAAUCGACAAGCAGCUUGAUACCACCAAUCAGAGAAGUCGAAGAUGAAUGUUGA